UUUUUAUUACUAUUAUUAUUAUUAUUGUUGUUGUUGUUAUUAUUAGUAUUACUAUUAUUAUUAUUUAUUAUUGUACGUGAGCACGAGCUAAUUCCCCGGGGAAGGGAAGGGGGGCGAAUCUUCGCAUCUGAUGCCCAGCAUCAAGGUUUCGGUAUUUACAUAAUCCGAGUGUUUCCAUAGUCACACCGGAAGCGGCGAUUUAAAAACCAGAUCGCUUUAUGUAACGCCGCGAUGGAUGCGCAGCCCCCGCGCGCUCCCCCCGCCGCCCCGCACGCUCGACAGCGCCGAAAGCGCGGGGGUCCGCGGCCGAGGGGCAGCAACGAGUUCAAGGCGGGGGGAUGUAGGCUAGGCCCGGCGGAGGCCGGUGCCGCUGCCCUGGGGAAGCUGCGGCGGCCGCGGAGACGGGGAUGGAGGCGGCGGGGACCGGCCGCGCACAAGGUGGCUAUGGUGGAAGUUCAGCUUGACGCAGAACAUGACUAUCCUCAGGGGCUCUUGAUAGCCUUCAGUGCCUGCACUACUGUGCUUGUUGCAGUUCACCUUUUUGCACUCAUGAUAAGUACCUGCAUUCUUCCAAACAUAGAGGCUGUAAGCAAUGUGCAUAACCUCAACUCUGUCAAGGAAUCUCCUCACGAGCGCAUGCACCGGCACAUUGAGCUCGCGUGGGCGUUUUCCACUGUCAUUGGGACUUUGCUUUUUCUUGCAGAAGUGGUGUUACUGUGCUGGGUGAAGUUCCUUCCUUUAAAGAAGAAAACUGACAACACCCCGCAGAGCAACAGUUCUACCAUCACAUCAGGACAGGCAGCAGCCAUUGCAUCGACGUCCAUUAUGGUGCCCUUUGGAUUGAUUUUCAUUGUGUUUGCAGUCCACUUCUACCGGUCACUGGUGAGCCACAAAACAGACAGGCAAUUUCAGGAACUCAAUGAACUUGCUGAAUUUGCACGGCUCCAGGAUCAGCUGGAUCACAGAGGUGAUGCUGUCACCUCAGCUGUCACCAAUUUUGCGUAAACCUGUGCUUAAGAAAAUGAACCCACUAUUCUGCUUCUGCCUUAUGGUGACUCCCUGUGGAUGAACUGGUCGAACUGCUGAUUACAGUUUUAAUUAUAAAUAUUGUUCUAACCCUUUAGAGAGGGAAAAAAUGUUCCUUUCAUACAAGUUUUGCUAUCUGAAGGAAUGGAUGGUGGGGUGUGAUUGCACUGCGUGUGCAGCCCUCCUCCUGUGAACACUGUCUCGCAUCUUUCUCGUUAAUGCUGAAUGGUGGCUGUAUAAAUACAUGGAAAAUAACAUUGUACAUUUGGGUAUUUGUUAGGAAUUGAUAGAGAAGUUGUGGAUUUUUUUUCUCUGUUUAUCUGAUGUUGGCAUUUACUAGAAGAUACUGCUUGUCCUAUCCAUAUUGCAUGGCAUGAUACAAAUUACUUGGGACAUGCAGCAAUUAGCGCUCGGUUUCAGUGCUAGCUGCUCUCCCUGGAAAGCCUGACAGAUGGUAGGAGUGAAAGCUUUCCCAGCACUUUCCCCAGUAUGUUUUGCUGCCAAGUAAUUAUUACUUUGCUGAUUUCUCCAGUGCCUUUUUCCCGUGGCACUUACACAUUUUGUAACUUGCUAAACAUCCAGGACUAGACUCACUGCGAUGUGGUGCGGCCACAUGAGUAGGAAUGAGACUCAACUCUUCUCUUCAGUGGAAGAAAAUAAAAGCAAUAACUGUUUUAAAGUUCUCAUGAGCUGGCACAUAUUAUCUGGAGAGAUAGAUUUGCCUGUUUCUCAUUUAAGAAUUAUUUUUUAAAAAGAAGGAAAAGAAGGAACUAGAUGGAAAUUAUCACUGGAUAAUUUUUUUCGCUUGAAAAUCAGAACCACUGCUGUUUUUUUUCCAAGCCAAAGUAGUAAUUAUUUUAUACUUUUAUAUUGAAAAUAUGUUUUUAAUAAAUCCUCAGAAACAAGCAGCAAAAGGUGCUUUUUCUCUGUGUUGGAUUCCCAAAUAAUCAGCUAUGCCUUUGUCUUCCUUGUUUAGGAAAGUGUUCUUUUUGCUGAAGUGUUGUAUUUAAUAACUCAUUAUACAUUUUUUGCUUUCAAUGGAUCUGGAAGACAACUUUUCUUGAUGUAUAUUUAUUUAUGAAAGUAGGUUAUUUGUAAUUAAUAUUGCUGCUUUCUUUCAGACACCUCUGUGACAUCAAGGCUACUGUGUUGUUCAUUUCCUCUAAGCAAAAAUUUCCAUUUGGUCUCCUACAUAAGAGAUUUGUCCAAGAAAGAUUCCAGCAGUUCUCCUGGGCUGGAAUGGGUUAUGUCUAGUUGAAUUUUUUGGAACACAGUUCUUCUAUAGAGGAGCUUUGGGCUUUAAUGGGCAAAAGCUGUUUUUGAACACAAACUGAGACAAGUUUCAAGCCAAAGGGAAAAAAAAACCAAACAACUACCUAUCACUAGUUGUAGCUAUCACUGUGGAAUAGAAACCUGGGAUUUUGCCAUGAGACAGGAGGGACUGUGACAGUCCAGUGGAGCUGUGCCUGACAGCCUGGGCUGAACGUGGUCUCUCACACCAACCUCCAUCUCAGGUUAUCCCAACGUACUUGCAAUCUGUACAAAGUGCCUGUGCAGUUCAGGUGCAGAGUGUGGUUACUGCUGAAGCAGAUGGGAGCUGAUCUCUCCUGUCAGCAGCACUGCGCUGCAAAGCAUUGACAAGGUCACCUGUGGUGCCUUUGUAUUCUAAAAACAUAACUAUUAAAAAAACAACCUGCUGGGCUGUUUGCUUUUUCAGCAGCAGUCGUGGUUCACAAGCAGCAAACAGCUUUCCACUUGGUGUUUUCAUGAGUUCUGGCAUACAGAGGCCAAACUGGAUUUUCUCAGCUCUGCCAUUACAUGCUUCAAAUAUAUUUCUAUUCCUGAUGUAAAUCUGAUGGUGUGGAUUUUGUAACUACAGACUCACAGGUGUUUGUUCAUGGAGCACUGGAAACAUUGCUUUAGUAAAGGCAAUAAGGAAGCAGCAUUCCAAAACACAAAAUCUAGGUAGUAGACACAAAAUGUAUUUUCCCAUCCAAGACUGAACUUUACCAGUUUUGUCUUGGGGAAACAGGUCCCUAAAAUUCCCCACUAAAGGAAGAAAACCUGACUUGGUAUUCACACUAGAGCAACUGAUUGGAAGAGUGUGGUCAGGUGUAAAAAUUUUACUUCUGUCUGUAAAUUUUGUAUUUAGAAGUUACAUGGUUCUGAAUGUAAGUUAAAAAAAUCAGUUUUCCAAGUUUAUUUUGUAAAAUUCCUUGCUGUUCUGCAUAGGAAGCUGAAUUUCUCAUUGAUUUGUGGAUCUUCUACAAAGUGACUGAGAACUAUGGGGUUUUCUUGUUGUUUAAGACAUACAGAAUUAGAAGCUAGUGGGACAUGGUUAUUUUUAGUUUUCUCAAGCUGGUAGGCUCUGAGCUAAUGGCGCUGUUAUUACAGCUAAUUUUCUGACUAUUUUCUGCACUUUAAGCCGUGAUAUCAAGUAUGUUUUUGUCAUUUUCCACCUGUGGAAAUGGUCAUGAAAGUUACACCUUGGGUACCUUUAUCACUGUGUACUCAGGCAGUAACCAGACACAAACACAUGGAUCUAAACAUUGAGUGCACUUAAAAUUUUUUAUCCCUUAUUUAUACUAACGGUGUUAGGCGUUUACCUCAAUCAUUUUAAACAUUGGUUAUUGUAUAUCUCUUAUUUGGGUAUAAAAUACUUUCAUGAAAUAAAAUA